GAGUAAUGACUAUACCGUUUUAAUGACCUUUUUUUAAAAGCCGGUCUGCGGUCUGUUUUGGGGUGAAUUUGCAGACGUUCCCUGCAAGAUGUCCUGUCAACUUCCGACGUUAUCUCUUCUUCGCAUCGUUCUAUUGGUGUUCAUAUCGAUGGUGAUUGUAUUCAUAGAGAUAUCUUCGAAGUGGCUGCCACAUCGAAACUUCAAACAUGAUCAUCCCACUUACAAGAAAAUGGUGUUCACCAAGCCAAAUGAAACUAGUUUAAACUGGUCAAACGACCCGUUCACGUGUUUGUCACAAAGCAUUAGCAAAAACAUCGCGCCGACCAGCAAUGUCUUCUCAACGGCAGAGGUCAUCAACGCCAAGGCAUCGCAUAAGGUCAACGACACUCUACAGAUCCGCAUCACAGCAAGAGAUGUAAACAACGUCAUCAAGACUUGCGGAGGUGACUACUUCCGGGUCAAACUAUACACUGCAGAAACACAGUCAUCCUGGAGCAUUGACGUCACAAAUGACCUGGGAAAUGGUUCCUACAUUGCUGAUGUGACGUUACGAUGGCCUGGGAAGGUUGCAGUGAUUGUGACGUUGGUUCAUCCCAGCGAGGCUUUGAGGGUUCUGCGAAGGAUUCGAGACUUAGAGCCCGGUAGGACGGUCUUCAAGGGGCGCUACCUGAGAACUCUUGACUCUGGGAUGGACAUCUCUGAAGAUGUAAUGUGCCUACCAAAGGUCAUCCGUAAUCAUUCUCUUUGUAACUUCACGGAUGAAAGAUUAGGCUAUCCAUGGUUCUGUGUAGCGCCCUCUAAAAAGUCUUUAUCGUGUGAUGACUGGAAGCUGUACGUAAAUGAUCCCAAAUUAGGCGAGAAGUACACGAUGAGGGCCGUCAGCAAGGAAGAGCUAAACAUUUUCAAGAUACAUAAGUUGCCUAUCAAACACCCCCUCCUCCCCUCAACGUAGUUGGGGACUCUAACAGAUGGAAGAAAAGCGUGUUUGCCUAUCAAGAUUCUCUACCUUCCUGCAGACCAGGACAACACUUACACAACCCUUCUCCUUCGGGCUUC